AUGCUUUCCUGCACCAUCACAGAUAGAGUGUCUAUAGGCCAACCCUGUUGUGCUGUUCAUAAUUGUGCAAACCUGCUCCCAUCAACCCAGCUAUGCUACUGCAAUGUACAUGCAGAUUUUGAAGCAGUAUGUUCUGUAGAAGGUUGUUAG